AUGGCCACGACUGCAGCAGCUUCCUACAAGGCUCGCAAGGAAGCCUUCGUGUCCAACCUCUACGGAAGUUCCUUGACCGAGAUCAAUUUGGUCACGCUUGUUGCCGCAGCCGCCGUCUUUCUCUGGACUACUUUGCAGAAGAACUACUCACUCUUCACGCCGUCCUCUCCGGUCGCUUUACUCGCCGACUUCCUGCUCAAUGUCUGCGCUAUUUUGUUCGCCAUCACUCUCUAUUCAUCAGCGCCGCUGGCCUUGAACGUCUUUCUCAUCACGCCGGCGGUGCUCCUUGUAUUCCUCAAGACUGGGCAGUCGACCACUUCUUCGGACGGCUCAGCCAACUCAUCGGCUAGGAAACCAAGGAAACCAGCCAAUGUCGAUCCUUCGGUUGUUAGUGGACGCGAUACUAGCACUUCCAAUGCUUCUCUGACCCUCCCCGUUCGACCAUUCCUCACUCAUUACCGAGGCUCCAUGCUCGUUGUGACCUGUUUGGCUAUCCUAGCUGUCGACUUUCCCAUCUUCCCUCGUCGAUACGCCAAAGUGGAGACAUGGGGCACGUCGCUCAUGGAUCUAGGCGUGGGCUCUUUCGUCUUUUCCGCCGGCGUGGUCUCUGCUCGAGCUGUCGUCCGCGUCCGUUUCAGUGACCCGGCCUCUCCACAAACCACCUCCAACUUUGGCAGUCGUUUCAUCAAAGCUUUUCGACAUUCUAUUCCUUUACUCAUCCUCGGCUUUAUUCGUCUUUACAGCGUCAAAGGACUCGACUACGCCGAGCAUGUCACGGAAUACGGAGUGCACUGGAAUUUCUUUUUCACCAUGGCAUUACUUCCACCCUUCGUAGAGAUCUCUGACAGCCUAAUCAGGGCAUUCAAGUCCUACGAGGUCUUUGCUCUCACUCUGGCUGUCGUCUACGAACUGGUCCUUGACAACACAGACCUUCUGUCGUAUAUUCUAAUUUCUCCUCGAGGACCCGGUCUCUUGUCGAAAAAUCGUGAAGGAGUGUUCUCAUUCACAGGAUACCUGGCGAUCUUCCUCGCAGGGCGUGGAACCGGAAUACUCUUGGUCCGGUUUAACGAACCAGUUUCCAAGGUCACGAAGCAGUCGAGCCCGAGCGAGGUCACGCGUCGUGAGAGAAAAUCGGUCCUCAGGGGCCUUUUCGUCAUGUCUCUCGUCUAUGGUUUCCUGUACUGGGCAACGACGAGCAUCUACAUGUUCAAUCUCACAGUAUCCCGCCGCCUCGCCAACCUUCCUUACGUGCUGUGGGUCGUGGCGUUUAACAAUGCCCAACUCUUCCUGUUUGGUAUGGUGGAAGACUUGGGGCCAAUAUUCUCCUACAAUCCGGAAGACAAGGACCGGGUUCGAUCUGCAACCAGCCGCAUUUUGGCGGUAUAUAACAACAGUGGGCUCGUCGUCUUUCUGAUUGCCAAUCUAUUGACGGGUCUGGUCAAUCUGACUUUCAACACGCUCGAUAUGCCUCCACUAGAGGCAAUGGGUCUAUUGAUAGUUUAUGCCGUGAUGGUCACCGGGGUAGCUCUAGGACUGGACAAGAGCGGCGUGAAGAUCAAGCUAUAA